AUGAAACGUAAGGUAGGAAGAGAUUUCUCCGGUGAUCUUCGUCACGAUCUUAGGCAUGAUCGUCAAUCAGCAAUGUAUGGCAAACGUGAACGAAUGGCUUCUCCUGGCCGACCAUCUCAACCACAAUCGUCAAGAUCGCCUAAUUAUCAUCAUUCUCAACAUAGCAGUGGCUACCAUAAUAUGGAUGAUCGUAUCAAGCGUAAAGUAGUAGAAGUUCCAUCGCAUCGAAGUUAUCCCGAUCGCCAUCGACGUGAUACCGAUACAAGUGCACGAUUAAAAUUGAAAAUUACCAAUUUACCUCGAGAUCGUAGCGAUGAAGAUAUUGAAAAUAAAUUGUAUUAUCAAUUUAAAAAAUUUGGCCAACCAUCCAUUCAUGUCCAGGGUUUUGGUAAAAGUCGAUAUGGUGUAAUCAAUUUCAAGCAUAAUACACAAUGUCGUGAAGCCAAAAGUUUUUGCGAACAAAAUUCAAUCUAUGUCUUUGAUCGCCCUGUCAAUGUUGAAUAUUACCAAGGUAAUCCUCAAGAUGACAUGGACGAUAUUCGAAGCGAUGAUUCCAGCGAAUUCUAUAGCAAUCGGGGUCGUGAUAAUCGAAGGCAAUAUCCAAGUCGUAUCGAUGUAGAAGACGAUUACUCACAAUCCAGUAAUACACACCGACGCCAAGAUUGGAAACAAGGUGGCCGCAGAAAUACCCCUAUCACUUCCAAUCGUUCUGGUAGCGGUUACUAUAACAAUCAACAACAGCAAAUGGAAUUCUUGGAAGAUAUCCCCAAUCGAACUUUAUUUAUCGGCAACUUAGAUACAUCCAUUAGCAAUUACGAAUUACGCCGUAUUUUUGGCCGUUAUACUAUCAUCGAUAUGGAUGUCAAGCGACAUCGUGGCCAAUUUGUAGGUUAUGCUUUUAUCAAGUUAGCCACAAUUCGUGAAGCCGAUAAAGCCAAGAGUGAAAUGGAUGGCAAUGUCUUGGGUAGAAAUCGUAUUAAAAUUGGCUACGGUAAAGUUUAUCCAAGUAAGCGAUUAUGGCUUGGCGGUUUAGGAACAUGGAUCAAUCGAAAUAGCAUUGAGCAAGAAUGCGAUCGUUUUGGAGCGCUACGUGAAGUCGAUUAUGAUUACAAGAAUAAUAAAUAUGCUGAAGUGGAAUUUGCUACCGUAGAUGCUUCCAAAGCUGCAUUUGAAGAAUUAACUCAUAAUACUUUCGGCCGUACUGGACGCCAUGUCGAAGUCGAAUAUGUGGAUACACAACAUCAAUAUUUUACUGCUACAUCAUUUCGUGAUCGUCAGCAACGCCAUGAUGACGAUGAUGGUAAUGAUUCCCAUCAUGAUAUCGUCGAGUCGCGUAGUAGUCGAAGAGAAGAAGGCGACUAUUACAACCAACGAUCGUAUACCGAUCGCAGUAGUAGUAGCCAUCGUGAUGACUACUAUCAACGAGAUAAUCCCCCUGUGCCUCGUCGUCGAAGUGAAGAAAGGCGCCAAGAUUAUGCUGGUAGAAGAAGUAAUAGGAAACCCUAUUCACCUCAUUCUGGCCAUGAUCGUAGACCUGGUAGCGCUGGAGGUAAAAGCACAGAAUGGGUUUCUUCUCCUAGGCCUUCAUCAUCGUCUUACAGUAAUUACGAUGAACCACAUCGACAUCGUGAAAGAAGAGAAUAUACACCAGAAGGAUCAAUUCACGCCGAUGAUGAAACAAGGGAUAACCGAGAAGAGAGAGAUUGGAUCCAUGAACCGCGCUCACCUUCCAAUGAUAAGAAUAACGCCUUAAUGCGUGCAUCAUCAGCCGAUAAAGAAUCACCGAUUGAAUAUGAAGGAAAUACUGCACCCGAUGGAUUAACAUCUUUCAUUAUACAAGAGAAAUUUAAACAUUGGGAUACUUCAUUUUUACUUAAAAGUAGUAAAUUUAUGACUAGAUUGUUUUUUGUAUCAGGAAGUAUGGACUUUGCUGAUUCAAUUAUGGAUAACAUCGAUUGGUCAAGUCCUCAAAGUCCAUUUCGAAUUACACAACGUUUACGUCUUGAUAAUGAAAAAUUAGGUGAGGUGAAUAAAAGAAUUGAAAAUGCUGGACCUUCCAACUUUUGUUACGUUCUAGCCAUGGAUCGAAAUGAAUUUACUAAAGAUGAGAUAUCGCCUGAAGACGAUGCCAAUCUAACUGGUCGUGAAUUUCGCAAUUUGGUAAUGUAUUUGCGACAAAAGGAUGCUGCCGGUGUUGUUAUGUUGGAAAUGGCUGAUAAUGUAGAGUGUAUUGUUCAUGUCUUUCCACCAUGCCAGUUUUCCAAUAAUCACUUGAUGGAAGCAUAUCCGCGUAUAAAUCAAGGAUAUUUAUCGCAAGAUCAUUUACUAUUGAUCAUGGUUAAAGUAUUGAUAGCUUAG